AGAAUAUGCUCGGCGUGUGGAAAUCCUAUGCAGGGCGCUUUCGUGCGCGCAUUAGGCACGGUUUACCAUCUGAACUGUUUCAAGUGCAUGGAUUGUGGAGAUGUCGUGGCCUCGAAAUUCUUUCCGAUUGAUGGGCCAGAUAACAAGCAACAACCUCUCUGCGAGCGGGACUACUUUCGUCGUCUAAACCUUAUAUGUGCUAAGUGUGGUCUAGCUUUGCGAGGCAGCUAUAUUACGGCAUGCAAUAAAAAGUACCACGUGGAGCACUUCACUUGUUCAAUUUGUCCAACGCUGUUCGGUCCUCAGGAUUCAUACUACGAGCAUGAUGGUGAUGUUUAUUGCCACUUUCAUUACUCUACUCGUUUCGCCACCAAGUGCGCAGGAUGUAGCAGCGCGAUUCUCAAGCAAUUUGUGGAGAUCAAUCGCAACUCGCGCGACGAAUGCUGGCAUCCUGAAUGUUACAUGAUCAACAAGUUCUGGAACGUUAAAGUAGUUUCGCGUAGGCCAAACAGUGCUAUAGCCGAGGGUGGCGAGAGUGAGCCACCGUACGUAGAAGAAGAACAAAAGGAGACAUCGAUCUCGUUGAAGGAGAAACAGGUCAGGAUGGAGCAGUUGGUCUAUCGCAUAUGGACGGUUCUGUCUGCAUUCGAAGAAUCGAGUGCUGCUUGUAUUUCCGAUAUGUUGCGUCAGGUCAGCAAUGGCCAAUACUUGGAUGCCAUCAGGAUGGCAGAGAAGUUCAUUUUACACGUCGAAGUCCUUUUUGGAACUAUUGAUGAUCUCGAAUAUUACUUCUCCCGCCUUAAUAUGAAAGGGAUGUCCCACGUGCGGGAAGCGAGGAUGCUCUGUCGUAAAACUGUCGAUUUAUUCACGCUACUGUCGCGUACGCAAGAGACUGGCUCACGGAGGAUGGGCAUGACGCAAGAACUACUCGCGCUUGUGACAGGGAUCGCUCAUUAUCUCAAGAUCUUGAUCCGUAUAGCGUUGACCGGUGCCCUGAAACUGGAGAGAGAGCAGAGUGUUCGAGAGGCGAUGGCAUCCUUCCUCGACAAGCUUCAUCUACUCGCUGUUCAGGGUGGCGAUCCCACAGCCCGGCGGAUCAUCAAGAUAAGCAAUCCUCCGUCAGAUCGGUGUGUUAAGUGCAAUCAGGCGGUGGAGGAAGAUUGUGUGCGGCUUGGAACAUAUCAGCGAUGGCAUUCGCAUUGCAUACAGUGCGGUGUUUGUGGAAAGGUUUCUGCUGACACGCCGUCGUUUGGUGAAGUACCAACAGUCACUUUAUGCACAGAUCACAGUCAUGCUACGUGUCGAUCUGGAUUCCAAGCUGUAUCGAGAUUGGAGCAAUAUGCCUUCCUGUUGAACAUUGCCCUUCGUCGACUUUAUUUGGUACUCAAACAGCAAGGCGUUGUACCUCUUUCUCCUGUUGCGGGUUCAACCCCAGCGCAAAUUCCAAAGUCGACGGAACAAGAUCCGUACCGGAACUCUGGUGAUAUCAUGCGUAUGAAGUCCGUGCACCUCGAUCGCAAGUUGUCGGCCACGGCUCGUCUGCCCAAGCGCUCCACAAUUGUUGAAAGUCCAGCUGGUCGGACGGUCCAUCCUUCCGAUACCCUACAUACUCAUCGAGCUCCACAAGAAAUCAAGGUUCCGCAACCUCAGCUGGAUGAAUCAGCGCCCAAUUCACCUGCUGGCGGCAUCGAGGAGCCACCAUUACAUGCACCCGAUGACGGUAUCACCUUGGCUGACAUCCCGCAAUUGAUGGAAGCAGCGCAAGCGCGAGAGCAACAACGAUCUCUUCCUCGGCAAAGUUCGAUUCCACAUGUUGCCGAGUUAAACGCCCUCGAGCUCGUCAUUGUCAAACAUUGCGCCGUCCUUAUCCUGCAGAAAUCUUCGUUGCGAGAUCAAUUUGAUUUGGACGAGAUAUUGGAGUUAGUGGAGAUAAAGAAAGGUGGCUUUUGGAACAAGCUAUUCAAAGCGGGUAACGAUAAGAAGAAUGUCAAGAAAAAGGGUGUCUUCGGUGUUCCGCUUGAACUUUUGGUUGAAAGAGAGGGCGCCGAUUCGUUAUUGGGUGCCACAAGAGCAACCUUGAGAAUACCAAGCUUCAUCGACGAUGUUGUAUCUGCUAUGCGGCAAAUGGAUAUGUCAAUUGAAGGCAUUUUCCGUAAAAAUGGUAAUAUCAGGGGGCUCAAGGACCUCACUGAAGCCAUUGACAGGGACGCUUCUUCCGUGGAUCUCACACAAGAUACUCCUGUCCAACUGGCAGCACUGCUUAAGAAGUUCCUCCGAGAGCUACCCGACCCUCUCUUGACGUUCAAGUUGCAUCGGUUAUUGAUUGCGUCACAAUCUGUCCCGCAAGACUCAGAGAGAAAGCGACUUCUUCAUAUGGUUUCGAUCCUUCUUCCCAAGAGUCAUCGGGAUACAAUGGAGGUCCUCUUUGUGUUUUUGAAAUGGGUCGCCUCAUUUGCUCACAUGGACGAGAAAACGGGGAGCAAAAUGGAUCUGUCCAAUCUGGCGACUGUCAUCUGUCCCAGUAUACUGUAUUCACGUGGCCGCGACGCCGUCCGGGACGAAAGUUUCGGGGCUAUCAAAGUGGUCACUUCCUUGCUCGAGAAUCAAGACGAGUUCUACACUGUUCCAGAGGAGUUCCUAGCGAUAUUGCAUGACCAGGACUACUUCUCGAAUAGUCUGGAAUUGCCAAGUCGCGACUUUUUGAAGAAAUGUGAUACUUAUCUGCGUUUGAAGUCCAGCGGUCGAGUACCUGCACAAGGCCUAUCGCCUCCGUUGAGUUCACCUAUCAGCAGCAAUCCGCGACCUUCUCCAUCUGGAUCCUCUAAUCCGGACCGACCACAGCUGGUGACAAUGCCCACUGAACCGCAGAUACGGAACGGUCGGCAACAAUCACCGCACCCUCAUCCUGGAGUACACCAUGCGCCUAUGUCGUAUCCUUCUCCCAUACACCCGACAUCGCUUUCACAGGGCAUGGCCAUGAUCCAGGGACAGCAACAGCCCCGAAACCCUCAGCUCACAGAAGGCGACUGGGCGGCUUCUCAGCGGCCGAUAUUGAGCGGUGGCCCGACCUCGCCUUCACCACGACCUUCGUCGUACAUACCUCCCAGAUCAAGCGGCGAGCAUACACACUCAGCGUCUCCGCCCAAUGGUAAUGGUCACCCACCUGCUGCAAUGCGACAGCGUACAUGAUCUUGUUGUGCUGAGCUCUUUUGUCACUUACUUUUGAUUGUCUGACACAAUUCCGCUCGUUCGUUUUUGCGCUACCUCUUCGCCCGCAUUUCACUAGCGAGCUUACUCUCUUUUCUGAGCAUUUUGAUUUCGCAUUAUCUGUACUUUACCGUAUCGCUUUCACUUAACAGUAUGACACGGACGAAUAUCUUCGCAGUACUUAUGAUACCCGUGCAUUCGUAUGUAUGCAUUUUUGUUGAAAAUGAAUUCGAUAUUUUCGUCAUUUUCAAAGCAUGCUCUCACGAACUCGGGGGCAAAUAUCAUUUGGUCUUUUUGAGUAACCUUUUUGAAAGGGACAAUUAUCUUCUAGAUCAGAAACGUUGUUCACACAAACGUGAUUAGAGCCUAGCCCAUACUCGCAUGCCGCAUAGUAUUUUGAGUGUAGUAAAGACAAUGGAACAUAAAGCAAU